GUUUAAACCCUUCAGGGUCACGUGCGGCGUGCUGACCAAUAGCAAGUUUUCGUGUUUUUGUGUCCCUCGGUUUUCUUGUAUAUGAAUUUUAACUGGCAGUCCAAGCAUGCCUUUCCUAAAUGACGAGGAGAUUUCUAGUGAUGAGUCGAUUGAGUGUGAAGAUGUGGAAAUCGAUUAUGAAAAUCUAGCCAACAAUGAAGCAUCCCAACUACCACCUCCACUGCCCACUUAUCCGCCAUCAACACAGAAGAAUUCUGCGAAAAAAACGAAAAAUCCUUCUGAGUUACGUGUUAGCAAAGGAAAAGUGUUAAAUUAUCUUCGAAUACCAAAAGCUGUUGAUUUUAUGUCUCCAGAUUUGACUGAAUAUGUUACAGAAACACAAAGAGCAAGUUUAAUUGCACAACUUAAAGCUAAUAAAGAUUAAUUUAAUUCAACUUA